GGGAGAGGGUGCCGAGUGCGCAGGCGCGCCUACAGAGCUCAGGCGGCGCUGGCGGAACGCCUGGGCUGCAUUCUGGAAAAACCACCUGGACACGGAGGGAGGCCGCCCGUAGGCCCCUCGGGAGGGAGCGUCCGGCCUCGGUUCCGCGGGGCGGACAGUGCCGGGAGGAGGGCCGGAGUUCCCCGAGGCGUGGAUGACAAGUCGGGGGAGGGGAGGCCCGGCGCCAGGGGCCCUCCUUGCAAAGCCUUCUGGGAAGUGCUGGCGCCGGCAAGCCAGCGAUCUGGCCUGGGCUUAGGGGACUGGAAAAGCGUGGGCGGACCAGCGUCAGAGGCGCGGCUUCGGCGGGGGGCGUGGCGUGCGGGGCCUACGCUACGGGCGUGGGCGGAGCAUGGAGGCGGGGCCGAUAGGUCGGGGGUGGGGCGCAAAGAUAAGACGGCUUUCGGCUAAGGGCUUGGGCCCAGGCCAGGUGCAGGGGGCGGGCGGGGCGGGGCUCUGCUUGGGGGUGUGGCCUGGGCAGGGGGCGGGUUUGAGGGUUUUAAGCCAGGCUUUUCCGGGUUUUUACCUUUGCUUCCCCCAUCCGGGAGUCCGGUGCCGCUGAGCUCCUGCACAGUUCGUCCUGCCCCGGAGGAGGUGCCAGGAAGGAGAGCCCGAACCCCCUGACGCCAGACCCCUUUUCCCUUCCAGCGCGGCCUUCUGGGACCCCCGGCCAGGGAGCAGGGAGCAUGGAGGAGUGUGUAGAGGACGCUGCGCUGGAGCCCUGCAGGUGGCCCCCCCAGGCCGCCAUGACGUUCCAGGAUGUGGCUGUGGACUUCACACGGGAGGAGUGGAGGCUGCUGGAGCCUCCCCAGAAGGAGCUGUACUGGGAGGUGAUGCUGGAGAACUACAGGAACCUGGUGUGCCUGGGCCUUGCUGAUUCCCGUCAGGAUGUGAGGAUCUCUGUGCUGGAGUCAGAGGAACCACAGUGGAUUCCAACCGGUGGUGUUCUAAGAAGCUGCUGGCCAGGUUGGGACACUAGGCCUCAGACCAAGGAGUCAGCUCCCAAGAUGAGUAUUUCGGUGAAAGUCUUAACCCAGGAAACAUUCUUGGAGGAUGAUCCAAGUAUCUACAAGAUGGAGAAGAUCUGGGAGUGUGAUGGCAGUUUGAAGAAAAAGCAGCGCAUUGAGGGGAAACCUAGACGACUAAAAACAAUCCAAGCAGUACCUCCCAAGGAGGCUGGAGGUUCUGAAUAUAGUAAAUACAGUCAGACCUCUAGCCCAGAGCCAGACCUUAUUCCACAGCAGGGAGUAUCUGUAGUUAUGCAGUGCCAGAAAGGAGAUAAGCAGAGAGGGAGUUCCACCAUGCAUUCAAACCGAGGACAGUAUAAUCAAGUCUAUUCCAGGAAGAAAUGUCCUAAGGUUAAGAAAUGUCAGAAUGUGUUGGGUCGUGAAAGGGGGAAUUCUUUCCUUCAAAAUAACGAACUUUGUCCACGCCAGAGAACUGAUAGAAAGGGAAAAUGUACUGAAUUGACUAAACGUGGGAAGACGAAUCUUGCUAAACACUCUCAUCUUCAGAGUUCAGAGAGAUGGUAUAAAUGCAAUGAAUGUGGAAAGGCCUUCAGGUACAAGUUGUCUCUUAAAAUACAUUACAGAAUUCAUACUGGAGAGAAACCUUUUGAAUGCAGUGAAUGUGGAAAGACCUUUCGGUAUGAGGUGUCUCUUAACAUACAUUAUAAAAUUCAUACUGGAGAGAAACCUUUUGAAUGCAGUGAAUGUGGUAGGGCUUUCUGCCAAAGGACAGAUCUUAUUCGCCAUAUUAGGAUUCAUACUGGAGAGAAACCUUUUAAAUGCUAUGAUUGUGGGAAAGCCUUUUCUAGGAGCACAAGCCUAACUUUACAUCAGAGAACUCAUACUGGAGAGAAACCUUAUAAAUGCAAUGAAUGUGGGAAGACAUUCCGGUCGAGCUCUCACCUUUCAGGACACCGGAAAAGUACUCAUGAAGGAAUAAGACUUCAUGAAUGCAAUGUGUGUGGGAAAGCAUUCUCUCGGAAGUAUGAUCUUACUAAUCACAGUAGAAUUCAUACUGGCGAGAGACCCUAUGAAUGCAGUGAAUGUGGAAAGUCCUUCCGCCUAAAGGCAGGUCUUACAUUUCACUUUAGAAGUCAUACUGGAGAGAAAGCUUUCAAAUGCAGUGAAUGUGGAAAGGCUUUUUAUAGAAAGCUAGAUUUUAUCAACCAUAAUAGGACUCAUACUGGAGAACAGCCUUUUCAGUGCAUGUUUUCCGUGGAGAAAUUCACUGACCAAACAUCGGAGAAUUCAUACUGGAGUGAAACCUGAUGAAUGAAAAUAUUGUGGGAAAGCCUUCCCCAGAAACUGAGCCGUAACUGUGGAGAUCUCAAGAGUUCAUACUGGAGAGAAACCCUAUGAAUGUAGUGAAUCUAUAAAGGCCUGCUUCCAAAAUAAAAAUCUUUCAUUGUGUGAAAGAAAGAUACAUGCCAAAAAGAAAUUUUAGGAAUGUAAUUAAUGUGGAAAAACAUUCCUCUGGAUCACAGCUGUUUCCUAAAUAUAAAACAAUUUAGAUGGAGAGAACCUCAUUAAUAUAAUCAUUGAAGCAAUAUUUUGUCUGGAAGGGAUUCCUUGAUCAAUUUCCUUCAUUUUGGAAAGAAACCAAACAAAUAUGAUGCCUUUGGAAAGCCCUACUGUUAAUGAUGGUGAACCAUUUCUCCUCAUUAGAAAAGUCCUUAGCUAGAGAUGCCAUGGAGGCAUAUACUCUCUCAAAUAGCCAGGAUGUUAGCCAGAACUAAUCUUUAAUGUCAAGCACUGAACUUUGUAAAUAUCAUGCUUCCAGCAAGAUAGACAGAUAGAGGAGAGACCAUAGAACAGCUUGGUAAAUUUGUUUAGAACAGUUUAAUGGUGUUUGAGUAGUUCUGAAGAGUUUAAUAGCAGCUUGGAGAGUGGUCAGCACUCAAGAGCCUUGGGGAUUUGUGCUGAAUCCUGUUCCAUCCUACUGUCCCGUUUUCUCCAAAUAAAGCCAUUUUUUCUCUGCCAGUAUCUUA